AUGUGCUUACCAUUUGACAAUAAAAAACCUAAUACCUUUUAAGGAAAGAGAUCAGUUUUUCAGUUGUAAUUGAUUGCUUUUAUUUAACUGGCUUUGUUAUUUGCCAGAUAAGUGGCCUAAUUUGAGUUAGGAGAAUUGUUUGAAAUAUUUUUCAUUAUUCUAUUGUGGUCAGCUUGGUCUUCUUUAGGAAGUUGCUAAUGCCUUUUCUAUAUAGUUAUAACUUUAUAUUAUAUUUUAUUAAAAGGACUAUAUUUUGCUACUCGUUUUUAGAAUGAAUUACCCUUAUUAGGAGAAACUGGAAGAGAAAAGAUUCUAGCCGUUUUGCAUUUGGCAACACUAUUUUUCUAUAUAAUUGCUUAAUAUAUUGUCUUUUUGGCUUAUAAAGAAUUCGUGGCUUUGGAAAUGGAGAAAGAUUACACAGUUGAAGAACCUGAAAGGAGACCUUUGCAAUAAAACGAAAGAACUUAAUAGCCCAUAGUUGUAAAAAACUCUGCGUUUACAGGAAAAGGAAUAACUAUAGGUUGA